CACGUUUCGAGAUUUCGUAUGUCGAUUAUCGACGAUCGGCGUAUUUCUUCGUUUUUAGAUGACUCUUGGUAUGAAAAUUGUCUUCUGACUGAACUUUAGAAUGGAUUUCUUAAAAGCCGAGUUAGAAAGAAAGAAGAAGCAAUUAUCGAAGAAUGAAGUAACGGGAAGUGGCAAGAAAUAUUUUAAGAGAGGAGAUUUGAUGGCAAAGCAGGAGGAAGAUUACUGGAAUAGACAUAGUAAAAGCAAAAAUAUUUCACCUGAAAAAGCACCAGAGGAGGAAAAUACAGAUGUCCAGACAGCAGGAACCUCACAAGGAAAAGAGCUUACUCUGUCUAGAGAUGAGGUGAUUAAAAGGCUACGAGAAAGAGGAGAACCAGUACUACUUUUUGGUGAAUCUGAAUUAGAAGCUUUUCAAAGACUGCGGAUUUUAGAAAUACAAGCCCCUGAAGUCAACCAGGGUUUCCGAAAUGAUUUCAAAGAUGCAAUGGACAAAGUAGAUAAAGACUACCUAAGUGAGUUAUUAAAAUCACACAAUGAAGGAGACGACGAGACAAAGAAAGGUGAUAUUAAAGUGUUUGGCGAUGAUAUCAAGUUUGAAGAUAUAAUGGAGAAAGCAGAAGAUUUUGGAAAUAAAGAUGAUAAUACAGAUUGCGAUGUUAUUCUGAUGUAUUUAAAAGUAAGUUUACCCAGUAGAUGGAACAGGGCUGCCGAUUAUUACUUACAAAUGGCCAUUGGUAACGCUCCAUGGCCUAUCGGUGUCACUAUGGUUGGUAUUCAUGCCCGUACAGGAAGAGAGAAAAUCUUCUCUCAACAGAUUGCCCAUGUACUGAAUGAUGAAACCCAGCGCAAGUAUAUCCAGGGUUUGAAGCGAUUAAUGACAAUAUGCCAGAGGAACUUCCCAACUACACCUUCACGAAGUGUGGAAUACAACGCAUAAAACAUCCACUAGAAAACUACCUGAAUACCAUCUGAUGCAUGAUUUGACAACUCCACAGUGCUGGUGCUAAGAACCUGGAAAACGUCAUCAAGUUGACUUAAAGGAGUGCAGUGGGAACACAGCGUCUUCCCUUGUGUGUCGUUUCUGUCUCUACCAUGUGAUGCACAUAUCACUGUACUAUAGUGAAUAUUUUUUAUCUAUAAAUUGAAGCUAUAUAAUGUUCCAACAUCUCAGACAAGCACGUCAUGAUUUGAAAUAAACACAAGCAUCAUGAAAAGAUGAUGUAUAAUAUUUAUUGUAACUGUUAAGUGGCAUAUUAUGUAAAUACAGAGUUGUUAGAAACACAGGCGUAUUCAUGGCAGUGUUUAUGCAGAGGGCAGUGUGAACAUGUCGGGCUUUGUAAAUAAAGAACGGCUUAUUUUAUAAAAAUUGA